UUUUAUUGUGCCUGAAACAUGUAGACCUGCAUUCCUGUACCUGGAUUUUACUGAAUAUUGAAUAAAGCUUUGGAUUACCACGAAUACAAGCUGGACCUACCAAUCCUUUUUUUCCUCAUAUCUACGGAUCUUAAAACCAGAAUAAAUAAUCAUCGCUCCACUAUUAGGAAAAAACUUCGGGAUUUACCCAUCCCUAAACACUUUGUGGAGGUGAAUCAUACAGAACACCAAUUAAAGUGCUGGAUUAUAGAUCAUAUUCCUUUGCCCAGACGAGGAGGUAAUAGGAAUUUAUUACUGAAAAGGAAAGAGUUAUUUUGGAUACACACGUUGAAUACAUUGAGACCUAAUGGCCUCAAUGUGGAUUUCAAUCUAGGGUAGGUGGUAAGCCAUUAUCACACUUGCCUGUGGGUUCCACUCCUCGUUUAGAAGGAAAUCAGACAACAAAGGACUUGGACGAUGUGGAAUUGAAAUAUGAAAAAACAUUUAAUAAAUCUGCAAUCAAAACCACGAAACCAUUAAGGACUACUAAGCUGAAGACUCAGGAUGUAAGAAGCAGUGACAAGGAGGAAGAUGUUCAUGUGCCUAUGUUUGUCCAAGACAGUUACAAUACUUCCAUUCUAGAGACGAGUGUAUUAAAUACUACAGUACUACAAGUAGAGGCCAGAGACAAUACAUCUCUCAUUAACUAUAGUCUUUUGGGCCCCCACCAUGAUUAUUUCCACAUGAAUCCACUGAAUGGAGUGAUAACAUUGGCCAAAAUGUUGGAAUAUAACAGGAUUAACAGAUACAAGCUUAGUGCUGUUGCUAAGGACUCAAUGGGCUUUUCCAGCAUGGUACCAGUGCUUAUAGAUGUACAAGAUGUGGACACCAUGGAUCCUCGAUUUAUUUUUCCGAUGUAUGAAGGCUCAAUUCCAGAAAAUCAGAAAGGCAACUUAUCUACAUACCCAGAGGCAAUAAAAGCUAUUGAUGGUGACCUCGGUAUAAAUGAGACUGUAUAUUACUCUAUCAGCAGAGUGCACCCUGCUGAAUUUAGAGAUUUUUUUUCAAUUGACAGUUUAAAUGGAGUUAUUUCUAUUAAUAAGGAAAUGGACAGAGAGAAUGUCAGUCUCCUGGCUGUGAACGUUAAGGCGACUCAACAAAAUAAUGAUCUUAAAAGUGCAGAUUGUGUGGUGAUGAUCGUCAUCCUGGAUGAAAACGACAACGCUCCGCAGUUUUCACAAUCCAUCUAUGAGGCAGAUUUUCCUGAAAACUCACCAUUUGGAUCAAUGGUUCUUGUUCUCACAGCCACUGACAAGGACGAGGAUGGACUGUCCAAUGGUUAUUUCCAAACUAAUGAUACCAUGUUUUCUGUGGACAAUAAUGGCAUAAUGUAUCUUAAUAAUAGCGAUCUUGAUAGAGAAUUAACACCAAGACUAUAUGUCCAGGUCUGGGUGUUUGAUGCAGUGUCGGGUGGCCUGAAUUCCAGUGCAGAGGUCAUCAUAAACGUUACUGAUGUCAAUGAUAAUAAUCCAGAGUUUCAGAACCUGCCUCUCCACUAUAUCAUACCUGAAGGGGACUACACUGGCCCCAAACCCUUUCUAGUGGCUAGGUUAAAUGUAACCGACUUGGAUGCAGGAUUAAAUGGAAUGGUUACGGUUACUUCCGAUGCUGAAACCACAGACAAGAGGUUCAAAUUGCAAAAAAAUGGGAAUAUUUUUUUUCAUGGAGCACUGGAUAGAGAGGCUAAGGACAAAUACAUACUGACCUUAAUAGCAUCCGAUGAAGGAAAUCCACCAAGACAGAGCUUUGCAAAUGCAGUGAUUUUCAUAAAGGACAUUAAUGACAAUGCCCCAACUUUUGCAAAAAAAGAAUAUUCUGUGGAUCUGACCCUAAAUAAAGUAAAAGCAGGAGAUACAGUUCUAUCAGUAUGCGCUACUGACCUGGACACUGGGAACAAUUCAUUUAUUUCUUACAGGUUUGCACAACCACAUAGAGGACUUGCCAUUAAUGAAGAAAAUGGAGACAUCUUUUUAACAAGUAAUGCAUCUGCUAUUAGUAUGGAAACCAGUAUUGUUAUACCUGUGAUUGCAACCGAUCAUGGUGUCCCGGCUCUAUCUUCUACUGUUACUGUAAUCAUCAAUCUUUCAGAAGGCCAAACAAAGUUUGUGAAUUCCAACUAUAGUUUCAGUCUUCUCGAAGGGAUGCCAGAAGGCAGUGAUGUUGGCACUGUUAAAGUCACUGCAGGAGUAGAUGUGUCAGUAAUGUAUUUUCUUAAGACAUAUACAACAGUAUUCUCCAUUACAGAGAAAGGUACAAUUAUUACACGUGUCAUAUUAGAUCGAGAGGAACAAGACAGUUAUAAUGUUCUUGUGAUGGCUGUGGACAAGCAGGAUUCUCCUAAUACAGCAGCUGUAGUGGUCACCAUCACUGUUUUGGAUGUGAAUGAUAAUGCACCAAUCUUCUUCCCAGUCAUAAACCCAAAUGUCACAUGUCUGGAAAAUGAGAAUUUCCAGGAUUUGGCUGCCAUUGUCGCUACUGAUCUGGACAUUGGAAACAACAGUGCCAUAAUAUAUUCCUUGGAAAAUGACUUUAAUGGCACCUUCUAUAUUAACAGCUCUAGUGGCCACUUAAUGAAUAUCAAGCCAUUAGACCAUGAAAAAACUGAUAGAUAUGACCUGAAAGUAAUAGCUCAAGAUUCUGGGAUCCCACCAUUGUCUUCCACCAUAAUAAUCCAUGUUACUGUUCAGGACGUUGAUGAUAAUGAUCCGAUCUUUGAAACCAAUUCAUACAACAUUACAGUAAAAGAGAAUGAACCUCCUCAAGUGAUAUUAAAUGUUUCGGCUGUGGAUUUAGACACUGGGUCCAAUGCUAUCAUUUUCUAUUCCUUCACUGAAGUUUCUGACUUGUUUUACAUUGGAAAAGAGUCUGGCAGUAUCUCCAACCUGAAGCCUUUAGACUUUGAGGAAGCAACCAAGCAUGUGCUGUCAGUGAUUGCAUACAGCCCAAACAGCAAUCAGUCCCAGAGCACUGUCACUGUCAUAGUGCAAGUAGAAGAUGUCAAUGAAGAAGGGCCUACGGUAGAAUAUCCAGUAUACCAUACAGUAAUAUGGGACAGUGAAUAUGCAACAGGAAGUAUGAUUCUCGAUAUAAAUGCAAAAAAAGGAAAUAAUGCUAUGGAUGAAGGAAUCCACUAUUCUAUUUCAGAUGACAACAAAGAGAAGCUUUUUUCAAUAGCAAAUGGCACUGGCCACAUCUUUUUAACAAAAGACCUUCCACAGCACAGUGUCCCUGAGUACUCUGUCCUCACAGUCACUUGCACAGACAGCGGGACCCCAUCUCAAUCAACAUCUGUCAAGGUAUAUGUGGUUAUAUCACCACAUGAUAUCACCACUCCGGUUUUCUCAGCAAAAUAUUAUAAUCCUGAACCACUCAAUAACUGGACCGAUCCUCAUACGUAUUUAAUACAGGUCAAAGCAUUUUUUUUAGAGUCAACAGUACUAUACAGUAUAGAAGAAAAGGAGAAUAAAGAUUAUUUUGACAUGGAUCCACUAUCUGGAAUAAUGAGAACUAAGAAAGCUUUAAAGAUAGAAGACUUUCCUAGUAAUGUGACUGUGAAAGCAACAGAUUCACACCGUUCCCGGAUAUACAGUGAAGCUAUUGUAAACGUAACUGUUAUCAACAGUAACCAAUAUGCGCCUGUCUUCUCCAAUUCUUCGGAAAAAGUGACAGUAAAAGAGGAGGAGAGCGUUCCUACAUUCAUUGUUCAAGUGCAGGCUACAGAUAAGGAUCCAGGGAGAAAUGGUCUCCUCAGAUAUUCUUUACUGAACAAUUACUCCGAUUCAUUUACUAUAGAUGCCACAAAUGGAAAGGUCUUUGCAGCUACAUCCUUUGAUUUUGAGACUGGUCCCCAUGAAUUCCAGGUUUUCAUCUGUGCGGAGGAUGAUGGGAUUCCACAGAAAAAGCAAGACUACCUUACUCUCAUUGUCCAAGUCCUGGAUAUUAAUGACUGGGCGCCAGUUUUUCUACCACAUGCCUCUAUAUAUGUUGAAGAAAAUACACCAGUUGGCACAGUCAUUGGCCAAGUCGCAGCAACUGAUAAAGAUAGUGGAGACAAUGCUUUCAUACUCUACAGUCUGCUUGAUGAUGAUGACCAGUUUGAUAUAGAUGGGCUGCUAGGGAACAUUUUAGUGAAGCGUCCUCUUGACCAUGAACUUAAAGAAGAGUCAAUACUGACUGUAACAGCCAGUAAUAACAAGACAGAGCCCUUCUACCAGGCUACAACUCAUCUUACUGUUCACAUACUGGAUGACAAUGAUAAUGCCCCACAAUUUACCAAGAAAAACUACUUUGCUGAAGUAGAUGUGGACAGUCCAGUUGGAUCAUUUGUGAUAGCUGUAGCAGUGACAGACAGAGAUGAGGGCAGUAAUGGAGUUGUCGAGUAUUCCCUGUUACCUGACUUGUCAUCCACCUUCUUCCUGUUUGAAAAUCAAAGUGAUGGAAAAAUAAUUACUGCUACCAACCUGCUGCAGCCUGGCAAAGUCAAUCUAACAGUGGUCGCCAGAGACAGAGGGGUCCCUCCUCUUAGUAGCAUGGCCACAGUCAUUGUCAAUUUGGUAUAUAAGAAGAAAGAUUUGCCAGAAUUUAGCACUAAUGAAGUAAGCACCACUCUUAGGGAAGAUAAACCUGAAGAUGAACCGGUUUUUAUAUUUUCUGCUAAGAAUGCUGAAGGAAAAGGCGUCACAUACAGAAUUGUUGCUGGUAAUGAGGGAGGUCAGUUUUAUUUGAAUGAGAAAACUGGAGAGCUGUGGACAACUGAAAAAUUCAGUGAUGACCAGCCAUCAUAUAAUGUCACUGUGGAGGCAGUUACACCACCAGAUACCAAAGGUCCACUGCCUCCUAAUAUGCUUGAAUUACAAAUCGUUGUACCAGAGUUCAAAGAGGGUCCAGUGUUUGAGAAAGAAUCCUACAGCACUACAAUUAUAAAUACAUUGCCGUCUGGAUUCCCUGUUAUUAAAGUCACGGCCAGAAAUCAAGGUCCUAUGACAAAGCCAGCACUUACCUACAGCUUGGUGAAUCAAUCUGGGAACGAGUUUGCUAUUAAUAAACACACAGGACUGAUUAUAGUUGCCAACGUGACAGAAAAAAAUGGACUUUUUCGGUUAAAAGCACAAGUUACAGACAAAAAUGGACUAUCCGCCCAAACUGUGGUUCAGAUAUUAGUUGAAUCUCCAUCUUCUACACAUGAUGUUGCAGAGAUUGAAAUAAAUGUGACUGUAGAAGAGGUUAAGCACCGUGUUCCAGAAAUCAUCAGGGUCUUGGAGGAUGCACUGCAGAACAAGGUUACAAACAUCAGCGUUGAUUCAGAUCCCAAAGAUGAGCAAGAUACAGAAAUUAAGUUUGAAGCUGCCGGUGAGAGUUACCAAGACAUUAUCAGAAAGCUGACCGACAACAAAUCCACACUUCAAAUCCAGCUGGGUUCAAUAUUUGGAAAACCUGUGGUUAUUGCUAUACCGCAGCCCCAUACCUUUGGCCUAAGUACAGGAAGUGUAGCUGGCAUUGUGACCAUAAGUGCCAUCCUGUUUAUUUUCAUUGCUUCUUCAGCAUUUUAUGUGAUAAGGAACAAUGUCCAAAAGCACUCAAAGAAACCGAGUAGUGAAUCCACUGAUGAGCUACAUUCUGCAAGUGGUGACGAUGGUCCAUCAAGCAAUGGUCUGAAAAAAGAUAAUGGGAAAACUUUUCAAAAGGGCCCCAAAAAAACAAGAAGAAAAUCCACUGAUGUAGAUACAUUCUACAAGUAGUGACGAUGAAUCCUCAAGUCAUGGUCUGAAAAGAAAUAAUGGGAAAACUAUCCAGAAGAGAUCCAAAAAAACAAGCAGUGAAUCCAUAGAUAAGAUGGAUUCUGCACGUGUCGUCAAUGGACCCUCAAGCGAUGUUCU